AGAAUCACGCCGACAUCUUCUCCUGUGUGGCUAUGGUAUUCCUGGUGGGGUUUAUGUUUGAGAUGACAACAAAAGCAGCAGUUAUUUUUGUAACUCUUCAAUACAAUGUUACCAUUCCAGCCACAGAAGAGCAUGUAACCAAAACAGCCUCUUUUUAUUACUAUGGCAUCAAAGAUUUGGCUACAGUUUUCUUCUACAUGCUGGUAGCAAUAAUUACAAUACAUUUCUCCAAAACAAAACACAGCAAGUUUAAUGAGUCUGGUCAACUUAGUGCAUUCUACCUUUUUUCUUGUAUUUGGGGCACAAGCAUUCUGGUGUCUGAGAACUUCAUCUCAGAUCCAGCUAUACUGUGGAAGUCCUACCCCCUUACCCUGAUGACAUUUCAAAUGAAGUUUUUCUACAUAUCACAGCUGGCUUACUGGUUUCAUGCUUUUCCCGAGCUCUACUUCCAGAAAACCAAAAAAGAAGAUAUUCCACGACAGCUUGUCUACAUUGGACUUUACCUCUUUCACAUUGGUGGAGCUUAUCUUUUGAACUUAAACCAUCUGGGACUUGUUCUUUUGGUGCUGCAUUACUUUGUUGAGUUUCUGUUCCAUAUUUCCAGACUGUUUUAUUUUAGUGAUGAAAAAUAUCAGAAAGGAUUUUCUUUGUGGGCAAUUCUGUUUGUUUUGGGAAGACUUCUGACUUUGAUUCUCUCUGUGUUAACUGUUGGCUUUGGCCUAGCAAGAGCAGAAAAUCAGAAGCUGGAUUUCAGUACUGGAAAUUUCAAUGUGUUACCUGUGAGAAUUGCUGUUCUUGCAUCUAUUUGCAUCACUCAGGCAUUUAUGAUGUGGAAGUUCAUUAAUUUCCAGCUUCGAAGGUGG